UUCUGCCACGUGAUGUGGGACCAGCUGUGUGCGGGAGCCGCCAUUUUGCACCGAAGGGCAGUGCGUUCUACUUCCUGAACUGCGUUUCCUGUCUCCGCAGUAUCGCGGAUCCUCUAGGCCUCAGAUCGCGGAGCCUUCUCCUACCCACAGACUUUUCCUGUCGCUGAUUGUAGGAUUUUAUCCACAACUGGGCUAUUUUCUUUACCUGAUGUCCUUUUUGACCUCUUGACCUCUGGCUCAAAGGUACACCUCAGUCCUAAAAUCUCUCCCAGAGACAAAACCUUUUGGAGAAUCCUGCACUCUCCUAAUCCCUCCGCCCCUUCUGAAGAUCCCAAAAUGACUUCCUACUCUUCCCCCCUAGAAUCCUCAGUCCCUUCAAGACACCCUGUACCCCAGGCCCUCAUUCCACCUUCUCCCCUACUCCUAAGUCACUUGCAUGUACCUUUUCCACUAACUCCCUGCAGUCUUCAAACCCCUGUCCCCCCACCACCCCCACUUCCUCCACCCCCUGCCAUGAGGGCUAUCCCCCCUCAUGUCUACGGAUUAGAGAAGAGCCAGCUCCUGAAGGAGGCCUUGGAGAAGGCAGGCCCAAACCCCAAGGGCCAAGAAGAUGUGAGGAGACUCCUGAAGUUGCACAAGGACCGGUUCCGAAGUGACUUGCAGUGGAUCCUGUUCUGUGCUGACCUGCCAUCGCUCAUCCAAGAGGGCCCUCAGUGUGGCUUGGUGGCCUUGUGGAUGGCAGGUGCUCUUCUGGCUCCGCCCAGCGGUGUUCCCCUGGAGAGACUUGUGCAGGUCGCCAUGGACAGAGGCUACACGGCACAGGGAGAAAUGUUCUCUGUGGCCAACAUGGGCAGGCUGGCCCAGGAGACGCUGGGCUGUCAGACUGAGCUGCUUCACAGUGGACUGGGUGGUCCCAACAGAGACCUGAUCCUGCAGCACCUCAUCGCCGGACACCCACUGCUUGUCCCCUAUGACGAAGACUUCAAUCACGAGCCGUGUAAGAGGAAGGGCCACAAGGCCCACUGGGCAGUCAGUGCAGGUGUCCUGCUGGGUGUGCAGGCAGUGCCACACCUUGGCUAUGCCGAGGAUCUGGAGCUGCCUGGUCUCUUCCACCCGGUGCCCAGCACGCCGUGCCAGCUACCACUCUUACCCAAGGAAAGCUCCUCAGGAGCCAUCUUCCUUCUCUGCAAGCAGGGAAAGAGCUGGCACUACCAGCUGUGGGACUAUGACCAAGUCCGGGAUAGCAACCUGCAGCUGACAGACUUCUCACCCUCUAGGGCUGCUGAUGGGCGGGUGUAUGUGGUACCCCCUGGGGGGGUGCAGGCCGGCCUCUGUGGCCAGGCUCUGCUGCUCAGACCACAGGAGUCAAGCCACUAGCUAAGGCUGGGGCACUUGUCCACAGCUUGGCUUUGUUGCCUUUCAAAGAGUGUCCCAGCUUUUCACCCUGUGCAGUAGUUAAAGGUUUGGGCGGGAUCUCUGAGGGCCCCCCACCCAUCCCAUCUCCAGCCUAGCAACUGCCCAGGCCAUCUCUUCCAGCACUGGUACUGAAAGCCCUCUGUCAGGGAGACACUGGUGGCAAGCAGAUUAUCUGCAGGAGCCCAGGCUGGACCUUCAGCUGCACCCCACCCCCUAGGGCGCUGUUCUGCUCCCAGGACAGGGACUGAGCGCUUUUUCUUAGCUGCCCUCUCCUUGGCCCAGCUCUCCCUCACCUGUCCACCGUACUGACCUCUUAGGUCUCCAGAGUGCCAGAUGGCCCCAGCCCUGUGCUAAGAUCACACCUCAUUCUCCCUAGGGACUCAGAUACCACUUCCUGGGAAAGAGUCCUUCAGCCCAGGCUGCGGCUCCCCUAUUUUUGCUUUUGAGAUACUGUGACACUGUGUCAGGAGUUUAAAGCCCAUCCAAGGGGACCAGAGAGAUGGCUCAGUGUAAUCAAUUCCCUGGCAAGCGCAAAGGCCUGAGUUCAGUCCCCGGUUCCACCAAAAAAAUAAAGCCCAUCCAAGAGCAGUUACACAUG